AUGACCCAGGAUAUCAGCUCGCUGACAUCCGAGUCUAGCCAUCUACAUCAAACUUAUCAAUUCAAAAUUGACAUACCAAAGUUGGACAGCCUCCAGAGUUUGAUCGUGUCAUGCUUCAAACUGAUCAGUGAUGUCCAGCUUCCCGUCCAUCAGCCACAGCCUGUCCCUGUCCAACAACAAGCGGCAACAACAUCCUCUCAAAUAGUUGUUUUGAACAAGAGAGAGUAUUCAACAUACUCUCUAAAGACAUCCAAGUGGACAACAUACAAGAAUGCCUUUGCCAAGUCAAUUGAGGAUGACAUGUCUGUUGUCUACGCACAAGGCAAUGUAUAUCUGUUUGGUGGAAGUGCCUCACCAAACAAAUACUAUCGCAUCUCAUUCUUGGAGAAUCAACAAGCUCCUCAAUGUUAUGAUGGCGCAUUCCAAGGAGGAGGUAGACUUAUCUCAUCAUGUUUCGAUGGUGACAAGUAUAUCUAUCUGGUUGGUGGACAGCUGGGCACUAAGAGUCUGGAUCGAGUGGCCCGUCUGAACAUUGUAACGCAACAGUUUGAUUACCCAGCCCGGGUUCAGACUGGAUUGUUUGGCACACGGGUAUUCUUCCACAAACCAUCAUACAGUCUGAUUGUAGUGGAUGCCGGAAUGUUCUUUGGAUACAACAUCAUCAAGCUCAACAUGAUGACAGAUGAAAAGACCACCACCACUACUGCUGAACAACUAGUUGCCAAUGUUGUCGAAUCAAUCGACAACUUGCCAACUUGGCAAUGUGUCCAACAGUUGGAUUCCAACCAGCUGUCUACAUUGAACAUUCACAUUCAAUCAUACAACUAG